CGAGGAGAGUCAAACAUGAAAAGGAAGAAGGGGUUCGGUUUCCCACCGCCACCCCUCUCUUCGAGCGGGCGUGGCGAAUGGCAGGUCCCAAGGCCGCAGCUUCCGCCGGCGCCGGUGGCUAGGCUCGCCUUUGCCCUGGGUCGUGGGGUCCUUUUUGGUACCAAGGCCGCAGCAUUCAUGAUGAACGUAAUUCAGAUUGUUCGUGACCACUGGGUACAUAUACUUGUGCCUGUGGGAUUUGUCCUUGGAUGUUAUCUAGACAAAAAGAGCGAUGAAAAGCUAACUGCCUUCCGGAACAAGAGUUUGUUGUUUAAAAGGGAAUUGAGACCCAAUGAAGAAGUCACCUGGAAGUAAAGGCUGUGACUGAAAUACAGAAUGUUCACAUUUUAAAAAUUGGGAGAGAAAUAAAAACACAUUCAUUAUUU